GAAAUUCAUCAUUUGUGAUCGAAUUGACACCUUAAUCCUGUUAAAUCAUACUUGUAGAGCCAAAGAGUUCCCAUGUGGCGAAAUGCUCUGCAGUCCAUCAAGGUGUCUGUUGGGUGGCCGACACCGUGGUCGGCGCGGGCGGACUUGGAGGCCAGUAGAAUCUUUCGCCGGACCUUCUAUGCGUCCAAAUGGCAGAAGAGGCUUGGGCAUUUGCUGGAAGGACGGCGGAGGGCUCCACCCCCCGAGAUCCCGGAGAAGGAGAGCUUGCAGAACGACUUUAACAUCAAACCCUUCAAGCCUGUUCUGGAUUCCAAGCGCACUGGCGUGCUCGCCUACAAGAUUGGCUGCAUGUCGCUAUGGGACGAAUGGGGCGUGAAGCACAUGGUGACCGUGUGUCAACUGGAUCGUUUGCAUGUCUUGACGCCUUUGACAUUGCAAAAGAAUGGCUACGAGGCCGUCCGUGUGGGACUGGGCUACAGAUCCAUCCACCGUCAGAAGCGGCAGGAGAUCGGGAACGCCAUUGCGGCCGGGGUAGGACCCAAGCAUCACAUCUGUGAGUUUCGAGUCUCUUCCGACUGCCUGCUUCCUGCAGGAUUUCCGAUCUCCGUUCGGCAUUUUGUUCCUGGACAAUGGGUCUUCGUUUCUGGAUGGAGCAAGGGAAGAGGCUACCACGGUGUGAUGAAGCGUUGGGGUUUCGCUGGAGGAGGAUCAGACAAGCGCGGACACAAAAAGGACCACCGAUCUGCUGGCUCCUUGGGUCAGCGAGGUGUUGGCAAGGUUUGGAAAUACAAGAAAAUGGCAGGACACAAAGGUCCAGACCCUCGCUGUAUGAAUGCUAAAGUCUUUCGAAUUGAGAGCGCGCGGAAUCUGAUCUUCCUCAAGGGACCCCUGCCUGGCUACAAGGGCAGCGUGGUGAAGAUCCACGAUGCUCGCGGAAAGACGGCUUUCAAGAACAAACACAUUCGAUUGCCGUUUCCAACCUUCGUUCCCAUGCCCGGCGUGGAGUAUCCGGUGACCGUCCAGGAACCUCCUCCACAAAGAGAUCCUUUCCUGUAUCCGGAGCAGCCCUUGUACCAGCCGAAUGAUUAAACAUCAAUCAAUCAAAAA